UUUUCUUACCUUCUCCGAAAGUCAUGACAAGUCUCAUUGAGGCUGGACGGAGAGAAGCCAGAAGGUCACUAAGAGUUGAUGCAGAACAACCACUGCUCCACCCGCCUUGGUCUUGGCAAGGUGCUGGAAACAUCAGGCUGAGUGCGGCAGGAAGAAGGGAACCAGCCUGAACUCCAGCUGCAUGAAUCACUUACUGAGCGGCUGAGAGAGUCAGGUGUUGAUUUGAAGCUGUGUGCUGAAAGGUCCCACUCCUGAAAAAUGACUCAGUCGGUGCAAGUUAACCCAAAGCUGCCUGAUCUGGGCUCUCCUUUCAUCUACCCCAGCCAGGAGGAGGCUGACCAGUCAGGCUCCUACUCCGUCCAGACUCCGUAUGGUUUCCAGCUGGAUCUGGACUUCCUCAAAUAUGUAGAAGAGAUAGAAAGUGGGCACAAUCUCCGUCGGGCACCCGUCGGUUCCCGCCGCUCUGGCCGAGGGGUCAAACUCUCUCAGAGGAGUGUAGGUGGUCGUACCAGUGGCUGGACAUCCACAGAGUCUCUGGCGUCCCCGGCCAGUGAGGAUGGCAGAGCGCCUCCGCCACCGCCACCACGAAACCGCCUUGGGUCAGCACCGUGUGAAGGACUCUGCAUUUCCCCCGUGACUCUCCUCAAUGUUCCUCCCCUGUCAGCUGGAGCCAAAGUGCCACCUCCUCCACCGCAGCGCAACCCCAGAGUGGAGCGGACUCUUCUGGAAACCAGCCGGCGGCUUCAGCAGGAACAAACCCACCAGCACCAGAACGGGGGGCGCAUCCAGCUCACAGAUCCUCCCAAACAGCGCUUACCCUCUCCAUCCACCCAGCCUCUGCUGAGUAGCCUGACUAAACCCAGCCCUCAGACCUCUGGGCGCAGCACUCCAGCUGCUGGCACCACAAUGACACCAAUCCCACCCAGCCAGCUGCAGACGGUUAGAGAGCAGAUGGCUACAGCCUUGAAACAGCUGAAGGAGAUGGAAGAGAGGGUAAAAGGUGUUCCUGCACUUGAGAAAGAGGUGGCCAAGCUUCGUGCAGAGAAAGACAUGCUCCUGUUAGCCCUGCAGGAGAAGAAAGCAGCCAUGGAGGAGGCCCAGCAGAAGCAACAGACCACAGAAUCUUUUACCCAAACCACAGAGACCCUUCAGUCUGACCACAGUAUCCACAGUCGACUGGCUGCACCAACCUCACCUGGACAUAAACCCCUCACAAAAUCUGGGGAGCUGAAAAGGCUGGCUGAGAAAUUUGAGUGUAAGGACGAGAAAGCUACAAAAGCUUCACCGAAAGUCUUGAUAAAAGCUCCAGAAAAAGUUCCUGUCGUUGAGAAGAAAUCAGUGGCUGUUGGGGACAAUGUGCCGAUGGACUCUGUUGUUUUCUAUUACAGCCAGGGCGUGAAAGAUGCCUCUGAGGGCACUGAGGUAAAUGUUUGUGAGAAAGGAACAGAAACUGAGGUCCCUCUGGUUCAUGAGGAGGGAGUACAGGCCAGUGUGGAGACAGAGGAGGCUGAGGUUUGGGUUAUGGAGUCACUACUUGGGCUGACCAGUGAAGCACAGCGGGAGAUCGACACCUUACAGGACACCAUUAAAUUCCAGCAGGAGUCCAUUGUGGCUCUGGAGGACAGGUUGAGUGUGGCCGACAAAGACAUGGGGCUCCUUAAAGCCCAGGUGGAGGAGAAAACCUCCAAAGUCACGUUUGAGAAGGGGGUUCUCGCAAAACCAGACAUGACGAAUGCCCAAGUAGAGACAUUGACUGCUGCGGUAAAGCAUGCUGCAGUUUUGUGUCGUCCUGAGGUAAGCGAUGCAUGUGUAGGUGAGAGCCUAAAGGUAGCUCAGAUGGAACAAGGCACUCAGACUGAUGCUGUAGCAGAGACAGAACAACCAGCUCUCACUGCAGUGGUCAGCACUGCCAGCCAGUGGGAGAUCUUGUUUGAGGAAAAGAUGGAGGAGCAGAAAGUUACAGUCCCAAAGAAGAGACAGUUGACCAUCGCUGAUUACAAGGUCUCACCAGGAGAGGAGGUGGUCUGUAUGGCUGAGGAGAAGGAGGAAGAUCGAGAAGAGAAGACUGCAGCCAGCAGCACCAAGACAGGUAUGCUGAAAUCAAUCAUGAAGAGGAAGGAUGGGAGUAACGCAGGCGAGAAUCGCACCACUGGCAAGAAGAGCCUGCAGUUUGUUGGUAUUCUAAAUGGAGGGUAUGAAUCUACAUCCAGUGAAGAAGAAGAAGAGGAGGAGGAGGAAGAAGAGGAGGAGGAGGAGGAUGGGAGUUCUUCUGGAGAAAGUGGAGAAGGCGAGUGCUUGGACAGCACUGAGGAGGACGAGGUGGCUCUGGACGACGAAACGUCAGAGGAGGAAAGAAACGUCAACCUGGAUGAGAGUGACACUGAUGAGGAAACCCUGAGAGCCACAAAUUAUUCAUCUGAUGCUGUGAAAGAGAAGUUUGAGCUGAGCUCGAAAAUGCGUGAAGCGUGCCUGAUUCUGAAGAACCACCUGAACGAUGAUGUCAAAACACUGAAGAGUAAGGAAGUGCUCUCCAGCACCCACACAGUCCAGCUCGAGUGGUUCCGCAUCUCCAGCGCCAAGAUGGCUCAGCCUUCACGGGUCUCAGACUACCUGAUGGCGUUCUCGGAGGUGUCUUCGGUGCUGCUGGAGCAUGUAGUCAACAUGACGGAUGGCAACGGCAACACAGCUCUCCACUACAGUGUCUCCCACUCCAACUUUGGUGUGGUGGGGCUGCUGCUGGACACAGGUGUGUGCAACGUGGAUAAGCAGAACAAGGCGGGCUACACAGCCAUCAUGCUGGCUGCUCUCUCUACUGUGAAGGAGGAGGAGGACAUGGCUGUGGUCAAGAGGCUCUUCAGUCAGGGCAACGUCAACGCCAAGGCCAGCCAGGCGGGCCAGACAGCGUUGAUGCUAGCUGUUAGCCACGGUCGGCAGGAGAUGGUGCGGGCGCUGCUGGAGUGUGGCGCUGAUGUUAACGUGCAGGACGACGAGGGAUCCACAGCUCUCAUGUGUGCAAGUGAACAUGGCCGUGCUGAGAUCGUCAAACUGCUCCUGGAACAGCCUGGUUGUGACAUAUCCAUUGUUGAUAAUGAUGGCAGCAAUGCUCUGUCAAUCGCACUGGAGGCGUCUCACAAUGACACAGCUGUACUGCUCUACGCCCAUAUGAACUAUGCAAAGACCCAGCCUGCUGUGGGGAGUCCGAAGGCUCAGCCGAAGAGCCCCAGCAGCCCCAGUAAGUCCUGGCCUUCAGACUGAAAGGAUCAUGGCCGCUCACAUUGACGGACAGACCAGCAAACAUAACUGGAUCUGAGCUGUGAAAAGCUCCACUGGAAUUUACUUAAAUAUAUAUGUAUUUAUAUAUUGCCAUAUGUCCUGCAUUUAUAAGUAUUGUUAAUAUGAGAAUAUUAUUUUUCCAUAAAGUCAUGAAUGGUUAUAUAAUAUACUUGACUAAUAAGAGCUCCUGGCUUGUCUAAAUGAGGUCUCCGGCACUCGUUUUUUUUCCCGUGAGAGGAGAUGAGACCUUUACAUUUAUUUGCACUUCACUAAUAUUUUUACUGUUAAGGGCAGCACACACCGCUGGGAUGUGAUACACAUAAAAAAAACAAAACCUUGCAACUAUAAUUUUCCAUGUAAGCCCACACACUGUUAUAAUAACGUGUGUCAAGACACAUCACUGUUUUAUAAUAAAGUGUAGACGCUGAAGAUAAUUUAUUUUAUUGGCUCCCUGAAUUGGCAAAUCCUGGCUACACAUUCUUGACUACUUCUGUCUGCAUGUGCGGUGUGUACUGUAGAUAUCACAUGACAUGACACAGCCAGUGUGUGUUGCUCUCUGGUCUUCCCUUUCUGUCCUGCCUUGGUUAACUGAUCUGUGAACCUCUUCACCUUCAUAGUCUGCACUAACUGUGCAUUGUAUGUUCAUAUAAAUAUAUACGUAAAUAUAUAUAUAUAUAUAUAUAUUCAUGUCUGAAAUAAACAUAUUUACAUAAAAAUUGA